CCAUCAAAAUCAAAUGGCCCUUUUUUCCACGUCUAGAUGUUCUUGGUUAGGGCUCUGUGUGCUCCUUGUCAUGAGCUGCCUGAUGCUAGCCGGCUGCUCUUCGGAGUCGUUGCUGACAAGCGAUGAUGAGCACUUGGGCAACCAUCAUGAUCUGAUGAUGGACCGUUUCCACUUGUGGAUGACGGUGCAGAACAGAUCCUACUCCACCGCCGAUGUGAAGGCUCGCCGGUAUGAGGUAUACCGGAGCAACAUGAGGUUUAUAGAGGCCGUGAAUGCCCAGGCGGCCACCUCUGGGCUCACGUACGAGCUUGGGGAGGGUCCCUUCACCGACCUUUCAAGUGAAGAAUUCAUGGCGCUUUAUACCGGCCAGAUUCCAGAGGGUGACCAUGGGCAAGAUGGUGAGGAAGACCAGCAGAUUAUCACCACCCAUGCUGGGCCUAUGGGUCCUGCGGGCACAUAUUCUGUGUACGCCAACUUCUCGGCCGGCGCGCCGAGGAGCAUCGACUGGAGGAACAGAGGUGCCGUCACCCCCGUAAAAAACCAAGGGCAAUGUGGAUCUUGCUGGGCAUUCUCCACGGUGGCUACAAUUGAAGGACUGCACAAGAUCAAGAGAGGGACUAUUGUCUCCCUGUCGGAGCAACAGCUGGUAGACUGCGACUCCCUUGAUGGCGGUUGCAAUGGUGGCCAGACCAGCAGAGCUUUCCUGUGGAUCAAAAGGAAUGGAGGGAUCACCACCACAGCUUCCUACAGAUACAAGGCAUCCAGAGGUCAGUGCAUGAGGAACCGUAAGCCGGCGGCAACAAUUAUUGGCUCGAGGGCAGUCAAGAGCAACAGCGAGGUGUCACUGAUGAACGCCGUGGCAAACCGUCCUGUAGCCGUUGCCAUCUCGGUAGAUGGCAAGCACUUCCACCACUUCAAGCUGGGCAUCUACAAUGGGCCAUGUGGUGAUGGUAAGCUCAACCAUGCUGUCACCGUAGUAGGUUAUGGGCAACAGAAACAAAACGGGGCCAAGUACUGGAUCGUGAAGAAUUCAUGGGGGGGCACAUGGGGUGACAAAGGCUUCAUGCAAAUGAAGAGGGGAACAAAGAAUCCAUCAGGGCAGUGUGGCAUUGCGAUGCAGCCAGUUUUUCCCCUUAUGAAAGGUGGAAGAACGACUGAUUAAGCCGUGCUUGCUUUAUAUCCAGAUCCAUCCAUUUCAAUUUAUCAAACUUCGUAAUACAGGCCUGCAGGUGCACAGUGCCUACGUAGGUUGCAUGUGCUACUUUUGGUCUAGGUGUGUACUCCGUUUUGAAAAUAAGGAUCUGUAUGUACUAAAUUUUAAAUUUCUGUAAUUUGGU